GGACAAAAAAAAAAAGUCCUAUUUAUAUUUUGCUAAUUUUGUUGUGUUUUGCUUCUCCACCUUCUUCUUUCUUCCUUGUUUUUGUAAUGGACUUAGCGAUCCUCAGAGACUGGUUCGACCGAGUUGACUCGGCCCGAACUGGAAACAUCACUGCAUCACAGCUCAAGAAUGCACUUGCUGUCGGAAACCUGGAUCUCCCACUUUCUGUUGUUCAGCAAAUGAUAAGGAUGUAUGAUUUUGAUAGGAAUGGAACAAUGAGCUUUGAAGAAUUUGUUGCCCUCAAUCAGUUUCUUUUAAAGAUUCAACAAGCUUUCGCGGAUUUAGAAAGGGAACGUGGAUUUCUUCUCCAUGACGAGGUUAAUGGGGCACUAGUGAAGCUUGGAUUCUCACUUGAUUCACCAGCCUUUUUCACAGCAUGUGAGAGCUUUGAUCAAAAGAAAAAUGGGAAGUUCCGGUUGGAUGAUUUCAUAUCUUUGUGCGUAUUUCUACAAUCUGCUCGCAAUCUUUUCAACUCCUUUGAUACGAGUAAGCAAGGCAGAGUGACUCUUGAUCUGAACCAAUUCAUUUACUGUACUGCAAAUUGUAGAAUAUGAGAUUUUAAUCAGAUACAUAAGCUCAGUGCAGCAGCGCUUGCCCUGAAAGAUCAUGGAGAAGCUAUUAAAUUCUAUAGCUAAUGUACAUCAAACUAGCAGUAAUUAAAAUUGAUGUUAGUGUAAUUUAGAAAUGGGACAGAUGAUUUAUUUUGUUGUAUCAAAUAUCGAUAGUUGCCUCAUUAUUGUAAUUUCGUACUUCUCCCUCAGUCCCUCUUAUGUACAUAAAACCAGCAGCAAUUGAAUGUAAUAUUGAGUGGACCACAAGCCACAUAUUCGCA